AUGCUUUCAUUAACGAUGUAUGUGCGGUGUGGGAAGCUGUCCCUUAAAGCCCUGCGCCAGUCAGCCGCUGUGCGUCGGCGUGUGGGACUUGUCAUGCCAGCACUCCAGUCGAGGGGAAGCGCCGGCAAGCACGUUGUUAAUCACGACGCCGCUGCUGCUGUUGCUACCAGUGCUGGUGGUGCGGCUACUGAUGUGAACACGAGCACACAACUCUGCUCUCACGGCAAGUCGCUUGACGUCGGGACUUCUGCUGCUGCUGCUGCUAGUAGUAGUAGUAGUGGUCGUGGUCGUGGUGGUGGUGGUGGUGCCGAACUACUGCUGCCGUUCGCAGACGAUGUUUCGGAAACCGUCUUGACGCCACCACCCCUGCGGCGCGUGGCCCGCUGGUUCUUUCCCGGCUUCACGCACGAGGAGAAGCAGAGGGCGACGACAGACGUGGCGUCACUACAAGGUUCAGCGGCGGCGCCCACGCUUGCACCACGGCGAGAGAGUGGGUCAUCGGCACCCGUGGCAAACGUCCUCAUGGAGGCACCAACAGGAGCAACGCCUUCAAAGAGUGCAGCCGUGUCAGCAACACCAACAUCAACACGAGCUGCCGUACACGGUCCUGCGCAUGAAUCACACGUGAAGGAGAAUGCGCGUGAGGGCGUGCCGGAGAGUCCAUCCACUGGCAAAGCAGUAAAGGCAGCUUCGGCGAAGGGCCGUUUGGAUGAUAGCCUCCCGUCUGCCUUCUGCGACCACGUGCUGCAGCGCAACCAGCGCCUCAGGANUCGGCGAAGGGCCGUUUGGAUGAUAGCCUCCCGUCUGCCUUCUGCGACCACGUGCUGCAGCGCAACCAGCGCCUCAGGAGCAUUCUGGUGA